AUGCAUAGAUAUCAAAAGAGUGCUGUUGAGAUUUUACACUUAAGUACAGACUGGGACAAUGAUGGGGAGAGUGAAGGGCAUCAAAGAUUUCCUGGAGGCUAUACCCAACCCAAGGCAAUUGCCCUUAAUAAGAAUCUCACUGCCCCAAAUGGUGAAGGAUAUAAAACAUUGUGGAAAACCUCCCAUUUUAAGUCAACUGUUUCUGCAAAGCAGUGUGUUUCUGUAAGCAAAAGCUCCAAUCAAAUAUUCAAACAUACAUCUUUGUGGACAGACCAUUUGGAAAAUCUGGAAAGUUAUCUAGUCCAUGCUGAAAAUAACGAUUUGAACCAUUUUGAAGAUAGGAUUGGCUUGACCUUUCAGUCAAAUAUUUCUGAUGAUCAGAGAUUUAGAAAUGAAGAACAAAGUGCUAAGUCAGAUCCAUAUGAGAGGUGCGUCACUGAGGAGUCGACCCUACAGAAUUACCAGAGCCUUUUCAAUGGAGACAGAAUUGGUCAAUGCAGUGAAUCUGAGAAAACAUUUAACCAGGGUUCCAAUGUUCAUAGAUGUGUGAGGACUUCGUCUCCAGAGAACUAUUAUGAAUGUCAUAAAUGUGGGGAAGGCUUUAAUCACAGCUCUAACCAUAUUAUACAUAAGAGUCUCCCUUUGGGAGAUAAUCCUCAUAAAUAUAAUAAAUGUGGGAAAGCUCUUAACCAGUCCUCCAGUGUUGGUGAUCAUCAGAGAAUUCAUGAGGCAAAAAACCAAUUCAGAUGCAAUAAACCAGGGACUAUGUUUAGUCAGUCAUCAAGGCUAAAUAUAAAUAAGAUAAUCCCUGAGGGUGAGAAAACUUACAUUUUUAAGGAAUGUGGUAAAUCCGUUGACUGCCGCUCAAAACCAUCUCAACAUCAGCAAAUGCAUACUGGAGAGAAAAUACACAAAUGUGAAGAAUGUGGUACAACCCUUAAAGACUGUUCAUCAAUAAAUGGACAUAGGGAAAUUCAUACUGCAGAGAAAUUUUACAAAUGUAAAGAAUGUGGGAAAGCCUCUACAUUGUGCUCAACCCUUCCUGGACAUCACCAAAUUUGUACUGGGGAGAAACCGUAUAAAUGUCAAGAUUGUGGCAAGGCCUUUAACCAUCACUCAAGUCUUAAUAGACAUCACCGAAUUCAUACUGGAGAGAAACCUUACAAAUGUAAAGAAUGUUCCAAAGCCUUUCAGUCAUGCUCAGAACUUACUCAACAUCAACGAAUUCAUACUGGAGAGAAACCUUACCGAUGUAAAGAAUGUGGCAAGGCCUUUAACUGGCCCUCACAGCUUACUCGACAUCACCGAAUUCAUACUGGAGAGAAACCUUACCAAUGUAAAGAAUGUGGCAAGGCCUUUAAUUGUCCUUCAUACCUUACUCAGCAUCACCAAAUUCAUACUGGAGAGAAACCUUACCAAUGUAAACAAUGUGGCAAGUCCUUUAACAGGCUCUCAACCCUUACUCGACAUCACCUAACUCAUACUGUAGAGAAACCUUACAAAUGUCAAGAUUGUGGAAAGGCCUUUAACUCAGAUUCAGCCCUUAGUCAACAUCACAGAAUUCAUACUGCAGAGCAACCUUACCAAUGGAAAGAAUGUGGCAAGACCUUUAACCAGAGCUCAAGGCGUACUCAACAUCACAGAAUUCAUAGUGGAGAGAAACCUUAUAAAUGUCAAGAAUGUGGAAAGGCCUUUAACUGGCACUCAAACCUCACUCGACAUCACAGAAUUCAUAGUAGAGAGAAACCUUGGAAAGAAUGUGGCAAGGCCUUGAACCAGAGCUCAAGGCUCACUCAACAGCACAGAAUUCAGGGUGGAGAGAAACCUUAUAAAUGUCAAGAAUGUGGAAAGACCUUUAAAAGUCAAUCAUACCUCACUCAACAUCACAGAAUUCAUACUGGAGAGAAACCUUAUAAAUGUCAAGAAUGUGGCAAGGCCUUUAACAGUCUCUCAGACCUUGUUCGACAUCACAGAAUUCAUUCUGGAGAGAAACCUUACAAAUGUCAAGAAUGUGGCAAGGCCUUUAACCAGAGCUCAAGGCUUACUCAACAUCACAGAAGUCAUACUGGAGAGAAACCUUACAAAUGUCAAGAUUGUGGAAAGGCCUUUAAUUGGCACUCAAACCGCACUCGACAUCACACUUCAUACUGGAAAGAGACCUUACAAAUGUCCAGAAUGUGGCAAGGCCUUUUACAGACACUCAGUCCUUACUAA